GAUGAUGAGUCUAAAGGGUUUAAACUGGAUGUUUCAGAACCCAGACCCUGCUACAGAUUUAUAUAAAAUAUUAUAUCUGUUUAAUAGUGAAGACUGAGCAGACUGGAUCAACAUAUGGACCUACAAUGUGACUUUUCAGGGUCAGUUUUAGUUGUCUCCUGUAAGCAUAUCUUAUCCAGUUUUAUGCCUCACACCCGUUACUUCAUGUUGUAAACAGGAGCUGUGAACACGUGCUGAAACCACUCCUCUUCCUGGAAUGGAUCCGAGUGUAACAGCCCCUCCCUCCUCUUCCUGCUCUCCAGUGCAGCCAGUCCCAUUCAGUCCAGAGGUUUCCUGCUUCCCGCCUCUUUCGCAGAUCUGCCCAUGCACAGAUGGGUAUAAUCAACAUGCUGUAAAGUGAAAAUCAGCGAGCAAACAUGAGGAAAGGGAACUGAGCUGGAUCAGAUUUAUCUUGUAUGAGAAAGUGAAACUAUUUCACAUCCACUGUCCGUUUAAGUUGAUAUGGCGCAGCAGCAAAAUCUGAUGGACCGGAAAAAACUCUGCUGUUCGAUCUGUCUGGAUCUACUGAAGGAUCCAGUGACUAUUCCCUGUGGACACAACUACUGUAUGAACUGUAUCAGCAGCCACUGGGAUGAAGAGGAUCAGAGAGUCCACAGCUGUCCUCAGUGCAGACAGACGUUCAGUCCAAGGCCUGUCCUGGUGAAAAACACCAUGUUGGCAGAUUUAGUGGAGGAACUGAAGAAGACUGGACUCCAAGCUGCUCCAGCUGAUCACUGCUACGCCGGACCUGGAGAUGUGGCCUGUGAUUUCUGCACUGGGAGAAAACUGAAAGCUCUGAAGUCCUGUCUGCAGUGUCUGGUCUCUUACUGUGAGCAGCACCUCCAGCCUCACUAUGAAUCUCCUGCCUUUGAAAAACACAAACUGGUCGAUCCCUCCAAGAAGCUUCAGGAGAACGUCUGCUCUCAUCACGGUGUGGUGAUGAAGAUUUUCUGCCGCACAGAUCAGCAGUGUAUCUGUUAUUUCUGCUCCGUGGAUGAACAUAAACACCACAACACAGUUUUAGCCUCAGCAGAACGGACUGAGAGGCAGGGAGAGCUGGGAACGACUCGUCAAAAGAUCCAGCAGAGAAUCCAGGACAGAGAGAAAGAUGUGAAGGAGCUUCAGCAGGAGUUGGAGGCUAUCAAUCGCUCUGCUGAUAAAGCUGCGAAGAGCACGGAGAAGAUCUUCGCUCAGCUGGUCCGUCUUAUCAAGAACAGAAGCUCUGACGUGAAGCAGUGGAUCAGAUCCCGGCAGAAGAACAAAGUUGGCCGGGUCAAAGAGCUUCAGGAGAAGCUGCAGCAGGAAAUCACCGAGCUGAGGAGGAGAGACGCCGAGCUGGGGCAGCUUUCACGCACAGAGGACCACACCAAGUUUCUACACAGCUACCCCUCACUGGCUUGUCUUAGUGAAUCUACAAACACACCCAGCGUCAAUAACAGCCCUCUGAGGUACUUUGAGGAUGUGAUGGCGGCUGUGUCGGACGUUAGGGAUAAACUACAGGACAUCCUUAGCGAGGUAUGGACCAAGAUCUCGCUGACAGAGGCUGAAGUUGAUGUUUUACUGCCUCAACCAGAGCCCAAGACCAGAGCGGAGUUCUUACAAUAUUCACAACAGAUCACACUGGAUCCAAACACUGCAAACAUGCAGCUGCUACUAUCCGAUGGGAACAGAAAAGCAACAGUGAUGAGAGAAAAACAACCAUAUUCAAGUCAUCCAGACAGAUUCACUGACAUGUUUCAGGUUCUGAGCAGCGACGCUCUGAGCGGACGUCACUACUGGGAGGUGGAGAGAAGCAGAUGUGAGGUUUCGGUCGCAGUCACGUACAAGGACAUCGGCAGAACGGGAUAUGAAAGUGGAUUUGGAAAUGACGACAAGUCCUGGGCUUUGGAGUGCUUCAACAGCAGUUAUGAAUUCAGACAUAAAAGUACUGUUACGUUCAUCUCAGGCCCUCAAUCCUCCAAAAUAGGAGUGUACCUGGAUCACAGAGCAGGUAUUCUGUCCUUCUACAGCGUCUCUGAAACCAUGAGUCUCCUCCACAGAGUCCAGACCACAUUCACUCAGCCACUCCAUCAGGGACUUGGUGUUUUUGGUAUGUACGGUGACGGAUUUGCUGCUGAGUUCGUAAGCUUGAGUCGACAAAAGUAAAAGAGGCAAAGGUGACUCUACAGCAAUUUAAUUACAGGAAUUACUUUUUAAUUUGAUCUGACCAUGUGAUUUAUGAUUUACCAGAAUCAUAUAACCAUUAACUUAACGUAAAACCACACGAAUGCGUCUUUUAACAGACGUUGUGGUUUUGGCUCCUGAGGUUAUUCAGGGGAUUUCUGCAGAGUUUGGAUAUUAAAGUUGUUCCUCUUCCUUUUGCAGGAAACCUCAGGGUAAUGUUACGUAGUAGAAAAUAUCACAAGUUUUCUCAUUAAAUGAAAUAAUCAUAAUUAGUUUUUAUUAUUUUUUUAAUGAUUUACUUGACUCUGAAUCCUGAUUAAUAUCAUUAUAAAUACAGUUUUGAUUAUGGGAAAAAAACAUCAGUAAAUACAUGGUUGCAUUUACAGUCAGUCAAGACACAAUCAGAGUCCACAUGUGGUUUAUUUCAAGCUUCACAAAACUUACUCCAUCAGUGAAGGUUCAGAUUUGUUUUUCUUCACACUAAUAAACUCUCUUUUUACUAUGUUUUAUUAGUUUCAGGUACAAACUUCAUAUUUGAAGGGCACUUUUUAUUAUUUUUUUACAGUUGCUCAGUGAUUUAAAUUGCUUCAAACAUUUAAAACUGUUUAUUCUUACUGUGUCUCUUUAUUUUAUGUGAACAUUUGCACUUUUAUUUUUGAUUACAGUGACAUUUUUUUAUGAUUUUGGUUUUUAUAUCACUCUGAUUUGUGAUUAUUUUGUAAAACUAUGAUAGACAUCACUUUCUAAAUUAACAUAAUAAUAUCAGUUUGGUUUCAUUGGGUUCAUUAGGGACACACUCGGUCUUUUCUUCAUUUCACUCUUUAUCUGCACAUUACAAAACAAUUAGUUUCAGGUGCAGAGUUUGUAUCUAAAGGGCUGUUUGCACUUACUACAUUCAUUUGUAUGUAUGAUUUUUAAAAAUUUGUCUACCCUUAUAGUGUUUCUUUAUUUUAUGUGAACAUUUGCACUUUCAUUUUCAAUUACAGUAACAAUUUUUGUGAUCGCUGUAUCACAGA